GAAAGCAGCAGCAGCAUAGUGGGCUAGUCGAUAUCAGUAGCUAGCUACACCUCCAACAGCCACCAGCGGCUGCAGUUACCUACAGAUUCUUCACUCAGGCAAGCGAAGACAGGGAAAUAGCGACAAAAGAGAGGCCCUUUGAGCGGACACUUCCUUUAAACAGAGGCCUUGAGGACCCUCACACAGGACCGAGCCAUGCUGGAAUACUACCAGACCUUAGGAGUCCAGAAAAAUGCAACGCAAGAGGACAUCAAAAAAGCUUACAGAAAAUUGGCACUGAAGUGGCAUCCAGACAAGAACCCAGACAACAAAGAGGAAGCAGAGAAAAGGUUCAAAGAGCUGUCAGAGGCAUACGAAGUGCUCUCAGAUGAAAACAAGAGGAGUACUUAUGACAGAUAUGGCAAAGAUGGCCUUUCAGCAGGAGGAGGAGGAGGAGGAGGAGGCCAUUAUGAUCACUAUGGCGGCGGUGGCUUCACAUUCCGUAAUCCCGAUGACGUUUUCAGGGAAUUCUUUGGCGGCAGAGAUCCAUUUGCAGAUUUUUUUGCUGAUGACCCCUUUGACGAUUUCUUCGGCGGUAGUCGCAGUCAUCAGAGAUCCACAAGCCGAGGCAGGAUGGGGGGAUCGCUCUUUGGUUUUGGGAGCUUCCCAGCAUUUGGGCCUGGCCUCACAGGGUUUGAUUCAGGUUUUAGCUCAUUUGGAAACAUGGGUGGAGGAGGAUUUACUUCCUUCUCUUCUUCAUCUUUUGGUGGCAGCGGUGGGGGAGGAGGAGGAGGAGGAAUGGGUAACUUCAGAUCUGUGUCGACCUCCACCAAAUUCAUCAACGGCAGAAAAAUUACUACAAAAAGGAUCGUGGAGAAUGGCCAAGAGCGGGUAGAAGUGGAGGAGGACGGUCAGUUAAAAUCUCUAACAGUUAAUGACGUUGCAGGCGAAGAUCCCUUGGAGGAAGAGUUUCGUUGCCGCAGACAGAACGCACAUCCUGGCCUUGGCGUGCACCAGCGUUACCUAAGGAACUCCGCUCAAAACCCCUCGGAGGAAGAGGAGGAGCAUGGCUUACAGAGCCUGGGACUAACGAGAGGACACAUGGACACGAAGAGGAAGAAACUGUGGCUAAAGGAGGCAGAGUCCAAAAAGAAAAGGGCACCCCGACACUUCCCUCGGUUUGGUGGACUUGGUGCCUUUUAUUAAUCACCAACAGACACACACACACACACACAGUGCAAUCAAUUUGUAUCAUCAUAUGUGACAUUAGUAUUAGUACUUUAAUGUUUUGUUUUGUCCAACAUUUUUAGUAGUUAAGCUUUUGCUGUAUGUAUUGUGGGUGGGCUCUGUGGAUGUACAGUGGGCAUUCAGAACUUAAAUUAAUCUCCUAUGAUUGGACUUUUUACAGCACACAUUUUCAGAAAGUGUGUUUGACAGAGUUCAGGUGCAAAGAGAAUUAGUUUAUGAUGAGCAUGGAAAUGACUGCAGUAAUACUGUGUAGCAUGUGAGAAUAAGUGAAGGUCAAGCUAUUCAGUGGAUCCUUUCUCAAUAGAGACAAGGAGAGAGAGAGACAGAGAGAGAGGGACAUCUGGGGAAUGUGAGAGUACUCUAAAGCAGAAUGAAAGCACUGAAGAGGGAGUUUUAUUACAGAAAGAAAUUAACAUGUUCUGCUCACUCCUCCAUCACACAUGAAAACUGACAAUCAACACUCUGGCAGCAACAUUAUCCACUCUUUUACCACUACUCCCACAGGGUGAAAAAUAGCUAUGAAACCCUCUCGAAGUUAUUUUGUUUUUUUGUAGGAUUCUUUUUACUGAGUGGAUUCAGAAAUGUGUUAACCUUUCGUGGGUGUUUUUGUAAAGUAUUUCUAACACAAAAUAAGAUUUCCCUCAUCUAAAUUUGUCCUUGACAGGUUGUUCUCAUGAUUACUGUGAGUGGAAAUGUAGAAAUGUCUGAAAAAUGUUCAUUUUUUAUGGACUCCUACCAAUAAAUGCUUAAAGAACAACA